AUGGAUUUCAUUCAUUGGCUCUUGAUCUUUUCUGCAUGGUUAAUCAUCUUCUCCUUCAUUCAACCCACCUUAGGUGAUGAUCCUACUCAAGCACUAAUCCAUAAGAUUUGUCGACAAACACCGGAUUAUGAAUUCUGCACCAAUGUGUUUAACAAAAACCUUCAUUCUCCUGUAACAAAUGCUGUUGGUCUAACACAAAUAGCCCUGACUCGAUCACUGGAAAACUCGACCAACACGCGGAUUUUCAUACAAAAGAAAGAAGCUGCUGAAAAAAACAAAGAAAUGAGGGAUCUUUACGAAAUCUGCAAUGCUGGUUAUGGGGCUGCGAUGGAGGUUUUGGAAAAUGCCACCUUAGAAUUCGCUAGUGGAAAUUACAGGAUCAUGUUAAAUUUUGUAUCUGAAAGCGAAAGACCAAUAAGCGACUGUCAAAAGAUUUUUAGUGGCAUUAUUGAGAUUGGAUUGAAGGAAAGAAAUAGGCAGAUGGAAAUACUAAUAAGCAUGACAUUGGCUUCUGGGAGACUUAUUGUUACUUGA